GCAGCGACGUCGCUCCCGCUGCGUCUGUAGGAGCAGGAGGCAGAGGCGGCUGCUCCGCGGCUGACCCGGCCGGGCCUCGUCCUUCCCCCCCUUCCCAGCACCGCCAUGGCGUCCGCCCUGGAACAGUUCGUCAAUAGCGUCCGGCAGCUCUCGGCCCAAGGACAAAUGACUCAGCUUUGCGAACUGAUCAACAAAAGUGGAGAACUGCUAGCAAAAAACCUCUCCCAUUUGGAUACCGUGCUUGGGGCGCUCGAUGUCCAGGAACACUCAUUGGGCGUUUUGGCGGUUUUGUUUGUGAAGUUUUCUAUGCCCAGCGUCCCUGACUUCGAAACAUUAUUCUCGCAGGUCCAGCUUUUCAUCAGCACUUGCAACGGAGAGCACAUUCGAUAUGCCACAGACACCUUCGCUGGCCUGUGCCAUCAGUUAACAAAUGCCCUCGUGGAACGGAAGCAGCCCCUGCGUGGAAUCAGCAUUCUCAGGCAAGCUAUAGACAAAAUGCAGAUGAAUACCAACCAACUGACCUCAAUACACGCUGAUCUUUGCCAGCUCUGUUUAUUAGCCAAAUGCUUUAAACCUGCCCUCCCGUAUCUAGAUGUGGACAUGAUGGAUAUUUGUAAAGAGAACGGGGCCUACGAUGCCAAGCACUUUCUGUGUUACUACUACUAUGGUGGAAUGAUAUACACUGGGCUUAAGAAUUUCGAAAGAGCACUCUAUUUUUACGAGCAGGCCAUAACGACCCCCGCCAUGGCUGUCAGCCAUAUUAUGUUGGAAUCGUACAAAAAGUAUAUUCUAGUCUCCUUGAUACUCCUUGGCAAAGUGCAGCAGCUGCCGAAAUACACCUCCCAAAUAAUAGGUAGAUUUGUUAAGCCGCUUAGCAACGCGUAUCACGAAUUAGCGCAAGUGUAUGCAACCAAUAAGCCUUCCGAGCUGCGAAGUCUGGUGAACAAGCAUAGUGAGACCUUUACCCGGGAUAACAACAUGGGCCUGGUGAAACAGUGCUUAUCAUCUCUCUACAAAAAGAACAUCCAGAGGCUAACGAAGACCUUUUUAACACUGUCGCUACAAGACAUGGCGAGCCGAGUGCAAUUAUCAGGGGCUCAGGAGGCAGAAAAAUACGUGCUUCAUAUGAUAGAAGACGGCGAAAUUUUUGCAAGUAUUAACCAGAAAGAUGGCAUGGUCUGUUUUCACGAUAAUCCCGAGAAAUAUAACAACCCGGCAAUGCUCCACAACAUUGACCAGGAGAUGUUGAAAUGUAUAGAACUUGAUGAGAGACUGAAAGCGAUGGAUCAGGAGAUCACCGUGAACCCCCAGUUUGUGCAGAAGAGUAUGGGCUCCCAAGAAGAUGAAUCAGGAAGCAAACCAUCCAGUUAUUCCUGAAAAUCACAUUUUUGCUUGCUACUCUCUUGUAAAACACACAUAUACAUACAUACAAAACAAACAAACAAAAAAAAAAUGCUAAAGAGAGACAGCUUUAGGAUUUGAGUGUUAAGAACCUCCCCCAAAAGAAAGCAGAAACUGUCGCAUCUGAACUUAAAAUGAUGUCUUCUCAGUACUGUAUGAUUGGGGGGGGGGGAAUG